AGAGUUUGUUUAGCUUUAUUUGAAAAAUGGUCUCCGGUGAGUGUAGCGCCUCGUCCCAACCCCUAGAUUAGAGAGAGCAAACACAGAGGAAGUGACCCUCAUCGUAUCCUGAAGGAGACAAGACAUAGAGCAUGACCCUGUGUUUUCCUACAGUGCCAAAGAGUCAGGGAGAAGCCUCCAUGGCCAAGGAUUCAUUGCCUUUCUGGCUCCACUGGGAGCCCUUAUAAAUCUGCUCCAAGCUCCACCGGUGGACUCACUCAUCGUUCCUUCCUACACCAGGAGGCUCCAACCCGUCUGCCGGCUCUAAUAACAUCACUGUCUGUUGGCAACCACAUGUUUGAAGUGACUGUAUUUGACUGCCGCCGCCCAUUCUUGAGCAGCAGCAGCUGCUUCGUGCGAUCUCAAUCUGCACCAUGCAGUGGAGACGGAGGCACUGCUGUCCCAUCAAGAUGACCUGGACCGUUAAGCGUUCCCUCUUUCGGACACACGUUGCAGGCCUCAUCUCACUGGCUCUUCUGUUUACCUUCAUCUUAUUUUUCAGCCACCAGGACUGGCUUCCGGGACGCAGCGGACCCCGAGAAAACCCACUGACCUACACUAUUAGGGGUUUCCGAAGCCCCAAGGGAGAGGCAAACCAAAACAGUUCUCUCAGGAGCCUGUGGAAGGAGGCAGGGUAUGCAGCACCAAAGCCUCUUCUCAACCUCAGCUCUCAGCAGGCCGACGGUGUUGCAGGAGACGCUGUAGGAGGUGGAGUAGGAGCCAGAAUGGGUGUAAUGGGGCUCGGGGACUCCAUGAGUACUAAUAGCAGUUUACAAAAGGAGAUGGGUGUGGGUGGAAGGCUCAGUGCUCAGCCUUACCGCUACAUUCUAAAUGAACCCUUCAAAUGUCGGGAUAGCACACCUUUUCUCAUACUCCUCAUUGCUGCAGAGCCAGGACAGGCAGAUGCUCGGAAUGCCAUCCGCCAGACAUGGGGAAAUGAGAGCGUGGCAGCAGGAUUAGGAUUCGUUCGCCUUUUCCUGCUGGGUAAAAGACAGAGCUCAGACAGCCUUCUUCAGAGCAGCAUAGAGGAAGAAAGUCAUGCUUUUCAUGACAUCAUACAACAGGACUACCAGGACACUUACUACAACCUAACCAUCAAAACUCUUAUGGGCAUGAACUGGGUGGCCAUGUUCUGCCCACAUGCCUCCUAUGUGAUGAAGACUGACAGCGAUAUGUUUGUCAACACAGAGUAUCUCAUCCAAAAGCUGCUGAAGCCCGAGCUGCCUCCAAAGCAGAAGUAUUUCACUGGCUACCUGAUGAGGGGUUAUGCACCAAACAGAAACAAAGACAGUAAGUGGUACAUGCCACCAGAGCUGUACCCAAGCGAGCGCUACCCAAUAUUCUGCUCCGGCACCGGGUACGUGUUUUCAGGGGACAUGGCCGAGCUGAUCUACCAGGCCUCUCUCAGCAUACGCAGGCUGCAUUUGGAGGAUGUUUACGUGGGGAUCUGCUUGGCCAAGCUGCGAAUUGACCCGACACCCCCGCCCAAUGAGUUCCUCUUCAACCACUGGCGGGUGUCAUACUCCAGUUGUAAGUACAGCCACCUGAUCACGUCGCAUCAGUUUCACCCCAAUGAACUUAUCAAGUACUGGAACCACUUGCAGAGCAACAAGCACAACGCCUGCAUCAACACGGCCAAGGAAAAAAACGGCAGGUACAGACACCGAAAGUUUCACGGAGAGCGACCUCCCUGAUAUUUCCUGUGACCAACAACUGCGACAAAAGAAAGGGGGGUGGGUUGGAAGCACUGUAGCUGCAGCUUUGUUUAUCUUGGCACUAUUAGACCAUGUGGGGAAAAAGCACAUUGUUUUUUUGGUAUUGUGUACAGUUGAUGAUCCAAACUAUUUUUUUAAUUUGAAAAGUUAAUUAUUGUAAAACUGGUGAGAUGUCUCGGAAGGAAAAAUAUAUCAUAGGUUGUUAUACUUCAGGUGCCAACAGAAAGGUGGCAAAACCUCAGUUAAAGAGACUCUCCUCGUCCCGGAGGUAAUAAAUAUGUCACUCUACAAGAAAAAACUCAAGACACAACCUAUGUUUACACAGACAAAGGGAAAUAUAUGUGUAUUAUGUCAGACGCUACCUAAAUAUGAAUGAAAGUAUCCUUGACAUUGACCAGUUAUGCUGCCCUGUUUCUCUGUGUUUAUGUUAGAUAUUAAUCAACGACAAACCACCUCUCAUACAAACUGUAUUUUAUUUCAAAGGGAUAUCCACACGAAAGCGCACCAGAGUGGCGUCAGGAGACCGAGAUUGUAUUUUUUAAAGCUUUACUUUGAGUAUGACUGCACUUGAGCAAAUGUGCAAUGAAUCAAAUAAUUAUUAAAUGUAUUGAAGUCAUUUCGCUGCCAGUGUUCUCUGUGUUUCUUCUGUGUAUACUGUACCUGUAAUUAUUUAGCAGGUCAAAUGAAGACCAUCAGAAGCACAUGGUAUUUAUUUAAAACACUAUGUUUACUGAAAAUAGUUUUAAAUAAAUCUAAUAUUUCAAAUUUGCAUAC